UCCUGACUGGCGCUUUUACUAGAUCAAUUUGGACACAGAACUCCACGGCAUGACGUCCGAACUAGUUGUGUGUAGCGCAGGAUGCCGGCGUACGAUAGACACAACCUAGCAAAAGGGCGGGGCUUUCUCCUGCCGAACAGACGCUUCACGGCCAUCUUUGACACCGUCUCCCGCUAUUUUCCACGCUUUUAAGGUCCAAGACAGCGAUUCCUGAGAACGUGGUACCACCAUUAGCUCCAUCUUUCAUUUCCACACUCACAUCAAGGGAACGCGAUGUCGACCGAGACCAAUCAAGGUGCCAAGGUUACGCUUUACUGGCUUGACAAGUCGCGAUCGCAGAGAAUCGUAUGGCUGUUGGAGGAACUCAAGGUCGAUUAUGAAUUGAAGGUGUUUAAGCGAGGCAAAGACAUGCUUGCACCACAAGAGUUGAAAGAUAUUCACCCAUUGGGCAAAUCCCCCGUGAUCGGAGUUCAGGCUCCUGGUGCGGACAAGCAUAUUGUUGUCGCUGAGUCGGGAGUCAUUGUCGAAUAUUUAACCGAGUACUUUGGGAAGUGGAUGAUCCCAAAAAGAUAUCCUGAGGGGAAAGAGGGUGUAAUAGGAGCCGAGACGGAAGAGUGGCAACGGUAUCGAUACUACAUGCACUACGCCGAGGGCAGCUUCAUGACUAUGCUGCUCAUGUCCCUCUUGACUCAGAACAUGCGAAAUGCACCAGUGCCUUUCUUCCUGAAGCCAAUCGGCAUGAUCAGCGGAGCUAUAGCGAACAAGAUCGAUGGCAGCUUCGUGAUGCCCCAAAUCAAAGGGCAUUUAGCGUUCUUGGAAGAACAGCUGGCGACGGCUCCCAAUGGUGGAGGCUUCUUCUGUGGCAACAGUCUUACCGGCGCCGACAUCAUGAUGAUAUUUGGACUGGAAGGGGCGAUGCAGCGGGUGCCUAUUACUGAACAGUCACAUCCAAAUGUAUACCAUUGGAUCAUCCGGAUGCAGCAGCGGGACGCCAACAAGAGAGCGGCCGAGAAGGUGACUGAAGCAACUGGCGAGCCAUACGUUCCCAUUAGCAAGGCCAAGUUCUAAGCAAGAGAUGGGAGUGUGGAACGAGGGCCUCUCCUUUCGCGGCCUUGUUUAGAUUGGGGUUUAAGCGUAUAUACCGUAUACGCAGUACUAUCAAGGCCUCCACGUAAACCUACCACGGGGGGCCUUUCAUGCUCUUAGACACGCACAUGCAGCGAGAUGACAUGCCCUAAUAUUGGUCAGUGUCCUCAAUCGAUAUGCGGACCGCUGGAAGCGCGCCAACAGACAUGCGAUCCGGACUGGCUCCAG